CUGUACCUUUGGAGCCUGUCCUAGAACAACUCACUCUGUAGGCCGGGCUGGCCUCGACCUCACAGAGAUCCACAUACCUCAGCCUCCUUAGUGCUGGGAUUAAAGGCAUGUGCCACCACCACCUUGACUCCCCUGUUUGUUUUUUGAGACAGGGUUUCUCUGUUUAGCACUGGCUGUCCUGGAAGUCUCUCUGUAGACCAGGCCUCGAACUCACAGAGAUCAUCAGCCUGCCUCUCUGUCUCCCAAAUGCUGGGAUUAAAGGCAUGUGCUACCUACUAAACCCCAGCACCAACAAGCAUUUGAAGACCAGAAGCCAGUCUAGGUACAAGGCCUCUCUCUUAGGUACAGACCACAGGAGAGGCAGGGCUUCUGGGAGUGGAAGCAAGGCCUAAGAGCCAAUUGGAUGGACAAAAGUGGGGAGGGGCUAGCAAACAGCCCUUGAAAUACAGCUCUCCAGAGAGGCUUCUUUUGGGUUUACUGGAUUUGGAGUUGCCUAGUCUGUUUGUGUCGAUCCUGGUGCACCAUGGUCCCUUUUAAGACUUAUAAGUCGCUGGUCCAGCUGAAGCACAAAGAAGGGACCUUAUUUGAAGUGGUCGGAGACUCCAGCACGCUGCCCGAGUGGUUCCAUGCCGGGUAUCUGGAUGAUCCAAAGACAGUGUAUGUGAAUCCUUGGCUCGUGGAAGCGAUAUUUGGCAAGGAUGGAGAGUACAUCCCACAUGUCGAGAGUACAUCACGUACCUUGCUUCAAGUGACCCAUUGGCGUCCUGAAGAUGAUGCAGAGAUUUUAAUAUUCGGGCCUCCUUAUUACCAAGAAGACGUUUCCCAGAUGAUCUCCAACUUGGUCAACUAUUUCCGCCCGCGAAUGAGGCAAGAGGAGGACCUUUCUCCAGAGGAUGAGACCCAGUGUCCUCUUGAGGAGGUUGAUGCGGCCUCCACCCAGCUGUCUCCUAUGAGGGCCGCUAAGGCUCAGGUAGAGGAGGCUGAUGCUGCUACCCAGCAGGCUCCGAUUGAAUAAGACUUUGUUUUCCCCCAGUGUUAAUGUUUGCAAACACAAUUGAAAAUAUUCCA